AUGGCUGGGGCCGCGAGACUGGAGGAGGAUGGCCGCUGGGGAGAGAACGCAGCAGGCGAAAUCUCAGUAAACGCCGCCCUGGAGGAGUAUCAUGAUCUCGAGAAGGAGUUGAGCACGUUCCAGCACCGCCAUUCCGUAGCAUACCAACGAAAGCCGCAAGAACGCGAUGGCGACGCCGAAGGAGAGAGCGACUCGACAAUUGCGCCCAGUCUCUCGGGCGAAGACGCUUUCGACCUGCCCGACUUUCUCAGAAGGGGAAUCAUGGACAUGCGAACACCCAGCGGCGGACCGGCAAAGCGAUUAGGCGUUUCCUUCAAGAACUUGACGGUGAAGGGCAUCGAGUCAUCGACAAAACAGGUCACGACGUUUCCUCGAGAUUUGAUAAACACCUUUGGACCGGACUUUUACCACUUCAUCACCGGCAUCUUUCCCCGGCUCAAACUCCACAAAGAGCCGACCGUCGACCUCAUCAGGAACAUGACGGGAACGGUGCGACACGGCGAGAUCAUGCUGGUUCUCGGGCGACCAGGAUCCGGAUGUUCGACUUUCCUCAAGGCCAUCGCCAACCACCGUGACGAGUACGCCAAGGUCGACGGAGAGGUCUACUAUGGCGUUAUUCCGGCAGAAGAUCAGCUGGAGCGAUAUCGAGGCGAGGUCGUGUACUGCGAAGAAGAUGAUCGGCAUUUCCCGUCCCUCACUGUGUGGCAGACGCUGUGGUUCGCCUUGAAGACGAAGACCCGGAAAAGAGAGCAGUGGACUAUUCCCCUGAUUCUCGACUCGCUCCUUCAAAUGUUUGGCAUUGAUCAUACCAAGAAUACGUUGGUCGGCGACGAACACAUCAGAGGUGUUUCUGGAGGAGAGCGAAAGCGCGUGAGUCUAGCUGAAACGCUAGCCACACGAGCAUCUGUCGUUUGCUGGGACAACUCAACCCGAGGACUCGAUGCCAGCACAGCCCUCAGUUUCGCAAAGUCACUCCGCGUCUACACCGAUGUAAGCGGGCGGACAACCCUCGUGACCCUGUACCAAGCCGGAGAGUCGAUUUACGAGUUGAUGGACAAGGUUCUUGUAAUAGACGACGGGCGUAUGCUGUUUCAAGGGCCUGGUGAUGAAGCGAAAAAGUACUUUGAGGACUUGGGGUAUCUCUGUCCUCCUAGACAAACGACGGCCGACUUUCUCACAUCAAUCGCCGACAAGAACGCUCGCCACUUCCAACCCGGCCGGGAAGAGGCCGCGCCUAAGACACCAGAGGAGCUCGAACGGGCUUUCCUAGAGAGCGAGCACUACCAGCGUAUCCUCCAAGAUGUCGAGGAAUACGAGCGAGGUAGCAGAUCCGCAAACAACGACAAGCACCGCGUAUUCGCGGCCACCGUCAAGGAAGCCAAGAGCAAGACCGUAAUCGGAGACUCCAUCUAUACCGUUUCAUUUUUCAAGCAAGUGGCCGCCUGCACCAAGCGCCAGGCAUGGCUUCUCUGGGGCGACCGGGGUUCUUUCUACACCAAGCUCGCCAUCAUCGUCGCCAACAGUCUCAUCGUCUCGUCACUCUUCUACGGCUCUGGGCAAGACACGUCUUCUGUCUUUGCGAGAGGCGGCGUGGCCUUCUUCUCCAUUGCCUUUAUCGGAUGGCUCCAGUUUGCGGAACUUGUGCCUGCGAUUAACGGUAGAACGACGAUCGAGAGACAGCGAGUAUUUGCCUUUUAUAGGCCGUCGGCCGUGGUGAUUGCGAGAAUGCUCCUGGAUUUCCCGUUGAUUCUGAUCAUGACGAUCUUGUUCUCCGUGCCCGUCUACUUUCUGGCGCAGUUCGACGUGAACGCCUCCAAGUUCUGGAUCUUUACGCUGAUUGUGUAUACGGCUACCUUUUGCCUCACAACUAUGUACCGAAUGUUUGCGUCCUUGUCGUCCACCGUUGACGAUUCGAUCCGGUUUGUCGGUGUUGUCCUCAAUAUCAUGUUCAUAAUGACGGGCUAUGUCAUCCCCAAACCGAAUCUUCUCAGCGACGCCAUCUGGUUCGGGUGGAUUUACUAUAUCAACCCCGUUGCCUACGGAUUCGAAGCCAUCCAAACCAACGAGUUCUUCGGGCGGGAAAUGCAAUGCAGCGAAUCCCAGCUGGUGCCGCGCGGGCCUGGCUCCGACCCCAAUUAUCAAGGCUGCAGUCUUCCCGGCUCGACUCUCGGCAGUACAAUUGUCAGCGGGCCUGAUUAUUUGCAGGCAUCGUAUCAAUACUCCAGAGCGAACCUGUGGCGCAACUUUGGUAUCAUCAUUGCUUUCACAGUCUUCUUUCUCGCGAUGACCGUCUUGGCCGUCGACACGAUCCGAUUCAAGGGGUCUGGUGCCCAAUCCUUGAUCUUUGCGAAACCUCGGAAUGAGAAGACUGUGGAUCAUGAGAAGAGCGAAUCUCCCGAGGAGACUGAAGAGACAUUUGAGCCCAUCGGCGAUGGCCAAAGUGCAUUCACAUUCAAGAACAUCAACUACACGGUCCCCUACGGCAACGGCGAACGACAACUCCUAAACGGCGUCUGCGGGUACGCCAAGCCCGGGAAGAUGAUUGCUCUCAUGGGCAGCUCGGGCGCCGGCAAGACGACUCUCCUCAACACUAUUGCGCAGAGACAAAAGACUGGCGUCGUAACGGGCGAUAUGCUCGUGAACGGAGCCAGCUUGGGACCCGAGUUUCAACGAGGCACCGGAUUCUGCGAGCAGAGGGAUAUUCACGAGGGCACCGCGACGAUCCGGGAGGCACUGGAGUUCUCUGCGCUGCUUCGACAGGAACGCGCGAUCCCGCGCGAGGAGAAGAUUGCGUACGUCGACCGGAUCAUACACCUUCUCGAGUUGGGUAGUUUGCAGCACGCCAUCAUAUCUUCCUUGACAGUGGAGCAGAGGAAGCGAGUAACAAUUGGAGUUGAACUUGCUGCCAAGCCAAGUCUUUUGCUCUUCUUGGACGAGCCCACGAGUGGCCUCGACAGUCAAUCUGCAUUCUCCAUCGUCCGAUUCCUCCGAAAGCUGUGCGACGCCGGCCAGGCCAUCAUCUGCACCAUCCACCAACCCUCCUCCGACCUCAUUGAACAAUUCGACAUGAUCCUGGCACUCAACCGGGGUGGAAACACGUUCUACUUUGGACCUGUGGGCACCAACGGCGCCGUCGUCAUCGACUACUUUGCGCAGCGAGGCUUCCCCUGUCCCCCGAGCCGCAACGUCGCCGAGUUCAUCCUCGAGACAGCAUCGCAGCCGUCUAUCAAGGACGGCAAGCGCAUCGACUGGAACGAGGAGUGGCGCAACUCGCAGGAGCACGGGGCUAUUAUUGCGGAAAUCGAUCAGAUUACUGCCGAACGACGUGCUCCGCCGGCCAGGUCGACGGCCCAGACGGAGUUUGCAGCCUCGACUACGUAUCAGUGCCUCCUCCUCACCAAGAGAAUGUUUGUCCAGCAUUGGAGAGAGCCUCAGUACAUGUAUAGCAGGGUGUUUGUCCAUACCCUCAUGGGCAUCUUUAACGGCUUCACAUUUUGGAUGCUCGGAAACGACAUUGCAAGUAUGCAAAAUCGCAUGUUCAGCGCCAUCAUUCUCAUCUUCUUCGUACCUCCUACCGUCGUCAACAGCGUCGUGAUCAAGUUCUUCCAAAAUCGGGAUCUGUGGGAAGACCGCGAACUGCCCAGUCGCACGUACGGCUGGGUUGCAUUCUGCACAGCAAACGUUGUCUGCGAGAUCCCCAUGGCCAUCGUCUCUGCCACCAUCUACUGGCUGUUAUGGUACUUCCCCGUCGGAUUCCCGGCCACUUCGUCGGUCUCGGGAUACACGUACCUCAUGGUUCUUGUUUGGUCUCUAUUCCAAUCCAGCUGGGGCCAGUGGAUUUCCGCCUUCGGGCCAUCGUACUCUACCGUAUCAAACAUUCUCCCCUUCUUCUUCGUCAUGAUCGCCAUCUUCAACGGAAUCCUAGUACCAUACACAUCCAUGCCUUCGUUCUGGAGGUACUGGAUGUACUACAUCAACCCGACGACUUGGUUCAGCCGUGGAGUCCUCUCGGCGGUCCUCCCGCCCGCCGUCGUGCAGUGCAGCUCCGCCGAGUUUGCGAGAUUCAACCCGCCUCCGGGGUCGACGUGCGGCCAAUACGCCGACCGGUUCGUGAAAGAGGUCGCCAUGACGGGGUACCUGGAGAACCCUGACGCAACGUCCAAUUGUGGCUACUGCCCGUACAACAAAGGCGGCGAGUACAUGCAGACGCUCAACGUCCACAGCAGCGACAAGUGGCCCGCAUUUGGGAUUCUGAUUGCCUUUGCUGUUGCCAACUGGGCUCUUGUAUACUUCUUUGUUUACACUACCAGGAUUCGGGGAUGGUCUUUUGGGAUUGCAACGAUCACAAGGCAGUCUUCCAAGCUUUUCAGCCGCAUUUCUAGACGCGGCAAGAAGGGCACUGGAGAGGGCCCAGAAGCGUGA